UUCGUCUCGUUCGCACUUUGCCUCCGCGUAGCUUCGUUUCUCCCUCGAUUGCCCUUACUCCUUUCUAUCCGAGGCAGUUUCGCGCGCGUUCUCUUUCCCAUUCGGGUUGGCGUUCCUUCUCUUUCUCCGCGCAAACGCAGCCAACUUUCCGUCUCGUUCCUUCGCCACCUCCGAACUCGUUCGUUCUUUCUCCAUCUCCAUCGUUCGUCCGUCCUUCCCUUCGUUGCCAGAACUACCCCCUCUUCGAACGGUACCUCAUCCCCUUCCGUGGUUGGAUACUCCCCCUCGGCUCUCCCCCCUCGACCGGUAGGUAGUCCGGUCUCCCGCGCCGACAGCCAAGCGACCGAGCGAGCGCCCCCCUCGCGCAUAACCCCUCGGCCAAGAGAGCGAUCCGUAACAACUAAAGUUCUCGUGAAAAGUUGAGCUGGGCUCUCCUACGCCCUCCUGCUAUAAUAGCCGCCGCCGCGCUCGCUGCUCUCUCUACCUACCGUCUAUCCCUGUCCAUCUGUCCCGGGUUUGUCCCACAUCCCGCACACGGAACGCUGCCGGCAGGAGAGAGCGAGAAAGACAGUGCCACGAACGGAACGAGUGCCGACCGCCGAGAAACAGAGAGGGAUCCCGCGAACGGAAAGAGAAAAAGACAGAGACGCGACCGGAUUAGGGAAUAGAAUAGUCAUUAUCGGUCUACAUAUUCGUGAUAUACUCUAUCGGACAUCCUCGGUAGUGCGAAACGUCGCGGCAGUAGCGACGAGCGUGUGUGCCGUGCGACCGAUCAACCACUGGAUACCUAACCUUUGUUUUCCAACCUGCUCAACGUCACCGGCAUCACCGGCUCCACCUCGUAUCCAGUCGAUUCUUUAUCGAGGAUUACACCCUUUCGUAACGAGAACACCGCCGUCCACGUCGCUUCCAACCAUUUCUACGAUCCACGGAAACAGCAGCUAAUUGCGAGGAGCGGAGGAGGUUUGUGUAGACUCGGCCGCGAGGCGGGCGGGUGGUCGUGGUGGGGGCCGAGGGGGUGGUGAUGUGGCCGAACAGCCUCGGCGGUACAUCCGGCUGCAGCGGGGGCGCCGGCGCCACCGAUCUCGGGGGCCUCGCCGCCUCCACCACCUCGGCCUCCGAUCUAUUCGGGCCCGCCGCUUUCGGGGCGUCCGCGGCCGGGCCCUACGGCGCCCUCAAGACCAACCCUUACGUCAGCGCUCUUGGUAUGCCGCCUAUCGAGGCACUUCACUCCACCAUUGGCUACCCUGGUUGUACUCCCGCCGGUGAGUCCUACUACUGUAACCCAAGGAAGCAACGCAGGGAGCGAACGACGUUCACCCGGGCGCAGUUGGACGUUCUCGAGGGACUGUUCUCAAAGACCAAAUACCCGGAUAUUUUUAUGCGGGAGGAAGUAGCGAUGAAGAUCAAUCUACCAGAGUCGAGAGUGCAGGUGUGGUUCAAAAAUCGCAGGGCCAAGUGCAGGCAGCAACAGAAGCAACAGCAACAACAACAGGACAAAGCACCGAGGUCGAAAAAGCCCUCCGGGAAUCCAAGCAACAAUCCGCCCUCUGGAAAAAGUCCUUCGAUUGCUACCACGCCCACGCCUGCUGCGGCGGUGCCUGCCACAACACCUCUGAGCGGAGGUACAGGUGGUUCAGCGGCCAGCUCGCCGGCUCUUCUGAGGGAUUCUCCUCAGUACAAACCAGCAGGAAGCGCAACCAGUUUGCUCUUGGCUACCAGUACGACCCCACCGAGCUUAGGGGGAACGGUGUACAGCAGUGGAGGCAGUAGCAGUAGUAUCUGGAGCCCGGCUGUUACGGAGAGCGGCGGAGGAUUCCCCGGUGACCAUCAGAGGUUAGCGUGGACCACAACCACGUCUCAACAACAGUGCUAUCAGAAUUACUCUUCUUACUAUACUAAUAUGGAUUAUCUUUCUCCCGCCUCGCAUCAAUUAAACGUCGUGGAUGGCGGUGGAAGCAGUUUAGACAAUACAUGGAGUAAAACGAGGGACGAAAGUGCUUCGUCCUGGUUUUAUAACAGCGCCGGAUGGGGCGAUCGGAAGUGAAUCGCAGAGUCGCCGGUUGAUGGAAACGUCAAGGCUUCGGUACAUAUCAUCGACAAUAGCUAAACGGACUACUCUGACGGUCAAUGGCGAUCGCUGUUAUUGGUACGCGAAACACGGCCAAAGACAGUCCCCUUCGUGUUAGACAUAUCGUUGAACCUCGGUACUUUGCCGUAUGGCUCGUGAGUGCCAUAUCCGUUCUCUUGCGUUCCAAUGAAUCACGUAGUCGAAUUUAAAUCGGCGUGUUCGUUUCGAGAGUACGAGCUAAGUAACUGGUUGUAACGCGAACAAAGCGAAUGAGCGAAGUAUUUGAAGCGUGAACCGUUUAAAUUUAGCUGUCUCGACGUGACUUUCGAUUUAACCAGAUGCAACUCGGUACUUUGUAUAUUCGAUCUAUCGUUCCUCUACGUUAAAAUGUGCAAUUUGAUAACGAUUAUCACGAAUCCUUUCCGUUCUUUGUAUGUACGCUCGCUUGUUAUUAUCCUAGUUAUCUCGAGAGUAGAGAUCGACGAGAGCAUUUCGGACGAGAAGGGCGAGAGGGAGUGGAGCGAUCGCGUUACAUCGUCUUUCCUCCCCGCUUACAGUCAGUGUUACACACAUGUGAUACCGUUUGUACACGGGAAUUCAUCUACCGAACGUAUCUUGUUGCGCGAAAUCACGAAUUUUCUAAUCGUAUACUGUGCCAAAGGUAAUCGUUCGCGAGAGGAUCGAACCUUUCGGUGUCAGGGAGACACUCUAAUGUAUAUAAUAUACAUAGGCUUGCGCCGUUUGGAAGAAUCAACGUAGUUAGGUAGAAUUUUGCAAAGAGCAACGGCAAAAUAAUGUCGGCCCUUAUCUUCGUUAUCUUCGUUAAAGAUUUCUCGAGAAACAAAAGUUAUGUACGGAUAUGCGCGUGUACGAAUACCAUGACACGUACCGUGUACAUAAGUUAUAUAUAUAUACAAGGACAUACUGAUCAUCUGUGUACAUAUGUACCAUUUUCUAAAAAGUAAUUACGAACCGAUAGGAUAUUUCGAGGAUGAUCGUCGUUAUCCAAAGGUCGCUAUUUUAAUUCUAGUAUUCGUAUAAAUCUAUGAUGGGGGUUUAAUUCGUUUUACUUUGAAUAAUUAUACUGUGUAAAUAAAAAAAAAAAAAAAAAUUUGCGCGCAUGCUCAACACAGAGUGCUAGGCGAAAUUUAUAUUUUCACUUUUUCGGUCCUUUUCACUAAGGUCGAUGUAAGAAACGAGACGUCACUUCUCACUUGCGCGAUCACUGGCACCUCGACUAACGCAGAGAUCGAUGCGUUGUACGUAACAAAGGGCUCGAGAGAUAAAAAUCAAUAUGUAAAGUGACAAAAAAAAAGAAAAAAAAAGGAUAUAGUAAACGUAGGGAUGUAAGUAAUAUGGUCGUUUAGGUUGUUAUUAUAAAUAUUAUCGAUAACGAUACUACGAUUAUCGACAAAGACAACAACGACGUACGUGUAAUAAGAUGUAUGAAAUAAUAUAUGAAAUUUGAAUUGUAA